AAUCCAGGAAGUGGAAGAAGAGAGUUCUAAGCAUGGGGAACUAGGGACAAAGGGUGCUAGGGGUGAUAUUAGGACCGAUUUAGAAAGUCUUCAUGGACAUGAGUCCAGAGAGAGUUUAUUUCUGGGAGCUCCAGCCACAGGACCACCGAUGUCUUUCUAUAUAAAGGGAACCACUUAACCAGCAGCCGCCGCCACAUCACAUCUCACAUGAUUCUGUGUUUCUUGUUACAGUCUCUGGGGUCCUGGCCUUUGCCUGAGGCUCCAAGGCCUCUUGUGCCAUGUCUAAUCAAAGCCGAGAUGUGGAGUUAGAUCGCCUGGUCCAAGACAAGCCGCUUAGCCACAGGACCCCCCAUGCUGCUUCCCAAAACAUAGCCGAGCAUCUCCCCAAUGUGCCGAGCUACCGGUACCCCACCACCCGCAUCCCUGUCCUUGUCAACAGGAGGACGGGGGUGUCGAAGCCCAGUUUCGUGAAGGAGGCAAAGCGCUCAGUCCGCCGCUUAGUGCCUGCCACAAGAGAACACCCAGCUGUGAAAGUUGAAGAUGCUGACACCGAGAGUGAGCCCCUCCAGGUGGAGGAAAAGUCCCCAAGCCCAGUGUUGCCACCACCAUCCCCAGCCAAAUCAGAAACCCUCACGGUGCCUGGCGGAGCUCCGGGAACCAUCAGGAAGAGGCUGCCAUCACAGGAUGAGGAGGUGGAAGAGCUCAAGGCCCUGUCUCCAGCACAAUCUCCAGUUGUUGCCUGGUCUGGCCCAUCCAGUCCCCAAGGAAACGAUGCUGAUGAACGUGCUGAGUCCACAGCCAGCCAGAAUAGUGCGGUCAUCAAUGACCGACUCCAGGAGCUGGUGAAACUCUUUAAGGAACGGACUGAGAAAGUAAAAGAGAAACUUAUUGAUCCGGAUGUCACUUCAGAUGAGGAAAGCCCUAAACCAUCCCCAGCCAAGAAAGCCCCAGAACCAGCGCCAGAAACCAAAGCUGCUGAGGUUGAAAAGACUGGAGAGGAGGAACAUUACUGUGAGAUGUUGUGCUGCAAGUUCAAACGCCGCCCAUUGAAGAUGUACCGGUUUCCCCAAAGCAUUGAUCCCCUCACCAACCUGAUGUAUAUUCUUUGGCUCUUCUUUGUGGUCUUGGCCUGGAACUGGAAUUGCUGGCUCAUUCCUGUCCGCUGGGCUUUUCCUUACCAGACCUCGGAAAACAUCCACCUCUGGCUAAUGAUGGAUUAUCUGUGUGACCUCAUCUACUUGUUAGAUAUCACCGUGUUUCAGAUUCGCCUGCAGUUUGUCAAAGGAGGAGACAUCAUUACAGACAAAAAGGAGAUGCGGAAUAACUACUUAAAGUCUCGUCGUUUUAAGAUGGAUAUGAUUUGUCUCCUGCCCCUUGACUUGCUCUAUUUGAAAGUUGGUGUGAAUUCUCUCUUACGAUUGCCACGUUGCUUAAAGUACAUGGCUUUCUUUGAGUUUAAUAACCGGCUGGAAGCUAUCCUCAGCAAGGCUUAUGUUUACAGAGUCAUAAGAACCACAGCCUAUCUGCUCUAUAGUUUACAUGUGAAUUCAUGUCUGUAUUAUUGGGCAUCAGCCUACCAAGGAAUUGGCUCUACUCAUUGGGUUUAUGAUGGAGUGGGAAACAGUUACAUUCGCUGUUAUUAUUGGGCUGUCAAGACCCUGAUCACCAUCGGGGGACUGCCUGACCCUCAGACUCUCUUUGAAAUUGUUUUCCAGCUACUGAACUACUUCACGGGGGUCUUUGCUUUCUCGGUGAUGAUAGGACAGAUGAGAGAUGUAGUUGGAGCAGCAACUGCAGGACAAACAUAUUACAGGAGCUGCAUGGAUAGUACUGUCAAGUACAUGAAUUUCUAUAAAAUCCCAAGAUCGGUUCAGAAUCGUGUUAAGACUUGGUAUGAAUAUACAUGGCAUUCUCAAGGCAUGCUGGAUGAAUCUGAGUUGAUGGUACAGCUCCCAGAUAAGAUGCGGCUGGAUCUUGCCAUUGAUGUCAACUAUGACAUUGUCAGCAAGGUGGCUCUUUUUCAGGGCUGUGACAGGCAAAUGAUUUUUGAUAUGCUAAAGAGGCUAAGAUCUGUUGUUUACCUGCCCAAUGACUAUGUGUGCAAGAAGGGGGAAAUUGGAAGAGAAAUGUACAUUAUCCAAGCUGGACAGGUCCAGGUACUAGGUGGGCCAGAUGGCAAAUCCGUUCUUGUGACUCUGAAAGCAGGAUCUGUAUUUGGAGAAAUAAGCUUGUUGGCUGUUGGUGGAGGAAAUCGCCGCACAGCGAAUGUAGUGGCUCAUGGGUUCACCAACCUUUUCAUUUUGGAUAAGAAGGACUUGAAUGAAAUUUUGGUUCACUAUCCAGAGUCUCAGAAGUUGCUUCGGAAGAAAGCCAGGAGGAUGCUAAGAAAUAACAACAAACCCAAAGAACAGAAAAGCAUACUCAUCCUUCCUCCGAGGGCUGGGACUCCUAAACUUUUCUCAGCUGCUUUAGCAGCAGCAGGAAAGAUGGGAGCGAAGGGAGCAGCGAAAGGUGGGAAACUUGCCCAUUUACGAGCAAGGUUGAAAGAACUGGCUGCAUUAGAAGCAGCUGCGAAGCAACAGCAAGAGAUGGAGCAGGCCAAGAGUUCUGCUGCCUCAGCAGCUCCAGAUAAGACCGAGUCAGCAGCUGCAGAUAAACCAGAAUCGGUAGCUACAGAUAAACCAGAAUCGGUAGCUACAGAUAAACCAGAAUCAGUAGCUACGGAUAAACCAACGUCGGCAGCUCCACACGAACCAGAAUCGGCAGCUCCACACCAACCAGAAUCAGCAGCUCCAGAUAAAUCCCAGUUGGCAGCUCCAGAACCAUCAGCUGGACCAGAGCCAGCGGCUCCAGACCCACCGGAUGCCCAUCCUCCAUCUUCCUCCUCCCCCAAGAAAUCAGAGGGAGGAGAUGAUGGAGAAAUUGUGUCUGAAUCUCCUGACCACUCUGUCAGGAUUCGAAUAAGCACCGCCCCGGAGAGUGAUGAACAGAUUCUCUCUGUAGAAAUCCCAGAAAAGAAGGAUGACAAGUGAAAUCCACCCCCAUGCUAGUUCCUAGAAAGUCAUCCAAAAUCUGGUCCUCUCAUGUUCCAGCAGGCUACCUACAUUUACCUACUUAAGCUAGAGAAAUAGUUUUACUUUCAACAGCCUCUAAUUUCCAGUUAGUGGCCACAAACUUCACUAACAAAGCUAGGAUUUGGUUUGCCUUUUCUUUGUCCUUAGCUUGCAGGACUAAUAUCUUAGAAAUGAAGACCAUAACCUCUUUAAGAGACUUGCAACCCUGUAUAAGGCUUCUUGGAUCCCAGAAAGGAUUCUACUGAUCUCUGCUAUUUACUUUCCCAUUAAAUACUUGGUCAACCGUC